GUAUGUUGACACACAUAGGGAAUAUAACCAAAUAUUUGAUGGAUUUUGUUGCAUAUUUUGAAUCUUAAAUGCUGAAUGAGAUGACUUCCUAGCCUAGAUUAUUGCAUAUGUAGGAGUUUUGUUUUGCUUUUUCUUUUUUAAAUAAUAAUGUCCUGUGGAAAUUGUUACUAAGUUAGAUUAAGUCUUUGAGUAAGAAGCAGAUUUAUUUUAAUGAUUGAAAGGAAAUCUGUUCACAGGUUUCUAUACACUCUGCUGAACUUUGUUAGGUGGUUGAUGUGGUUUAAAUUAUACGUUAUAUUACCAGGUAUUGAGAUUUGGGGAAUUCAGGAAGGCAGAGGGUUCAGGUUGUUUUCUGUGCUCUCAAAACACAGAAACACACACACACACACACACACACACAGACAAAAUGAUACUUUAAAUAAUUUGGUGCCUUAACCGAGCAAAAUAAGUAUGUGUGAAAAGCAAUUUCUAUUUUGUUUGACUGUAAUAAGGACACUGAUGCUUAAUUUUAUGAUAGUAAAAGAGUUUCUUCAGAGGUUUGAGUCCCAGCAGCCUGCCUAAUUAGCCACUUUUCAUAAGCCAUGACUUCAGCACAUCACAUUGGAGGUGAGGGGAUGGUAGGGGCUGGGGAGGGUGAAGCAAAACAGCCAGUUCACAAAAGAUCUGUUCACCCUGUGCCAAAGCACAUCUCCUAAAACGUUUGUGGGCUGAAAGCAUCUGAAUCUGCCAGCCUCCGAAACUAAUUUUGUUCUCCGAGUUUGUAGUUUUGAGUUUGGUGUUUGGGUUGCCAUCUAGUUUAUGGAACAGGAUGGACCGGUUAUUUCUUAUGUUGUCAAUAGUGUUGAUAGAGAUCUUUCAUAAAUCCACUCUGUCCUGCACAUCUUUAAGCGCUAUUAGUGAUUUUUCGAAACUACUUAUAAUUUUAUUUUUGUUUUCUCCUAGGGACUUAAGUCACAACAGACUGUCUUCCAUCAAGGCAAGUUCCAUGAGCCACCUUCAAAACCUUCGAGAAGUGAAACUGAACAACAAUGAAUUGGAGACCAUUCCAAAUCUAGGACCAGUCUCAGCAAAUAUUACACUUCUCUCCUUAGCUGGCAACAGGAUUGUUGAAAUAUUACCUGAACAUCUGAAACAAUUUUGGUCCCUCGAAACUUUGGACCUGAGCAACAAUAAUAUUUCAGAGCUUAAAACUGCAUUUCCACCUCUACAACUCAAAUAUCUGUAUAUCAACAGCAACCGAGUCACAUCGAUGGAACCUGGGUAUUUUGACAAUUUGGCCAACACGCUGCUGGUGUUGAAGCUAAACAGGAACCGAAUCUCAGCUAUCCCGCCCAAGAUGUUUAGACUGCCCCAGCUGCAGCACCUCGAGCUGAACCGAAACAAGAUUAAAAAUGUAGAUGGGCUCACAUUCCAAGGGCUUGGUGCUCUGAAGUCUCUGAAAAUGCAAAGAAAUGGAGUAACAAAACUGAUGGAUGGUGCUUUUUGGGGGCUGAGCAACAUGGAAAUCUUGCAGCUGGACCAUAACAACCUGACGGAGAUUACCAAGGGCUGGCUUUACGGCCUGCUGAUGCUGCAGGAACUUCAUCUCAGCCAGAAUGCCAUCACCAAGAUCAGCCCCGAUGCCUGGGAGUUCUGCCAGAAGCUCAGUGAGCUGGACCUAACUUUCAAUCACUUGUCGAGGUUGGAUGAUUCGAGCUUCCUGGGCCUAAGCUUAUUAAAUACACUGCACAUUGGGAACAACAAAGUGAGCUACAUCGCUGAUUGUGCCUUCCGGGGCCUUUCCAGUUUAAAGACUUUGGAUCUGAAGAACAAUGAAAUCUCCUGGACUAUUGAAGACAUGAAUGGUGCUUUCUCUGGGCUUGACAAACUGAGGCGGCUAAUACUCCAGGGAAACCGGAUUCGAUCUAUUACCAAAAAAGCCUUCACUGGUUUGGAUGCAUUAGAACAUCUAGAUCUGAGUGACAACGCAAUCAUGUCAUUACAAGGCAAUGCAUUUUCACAAAUGAAGAAACUUCAACAAUUGCAUUUAAAUACAUCAAGCCUUUUGUGCGACUGCCAGCUAAAAUGGCUCCCACAGUGGGUGGCGGAAAACAACUUUCAGAGCUUUGUAAAUGCCAGUUGUGCCCAUCCUCAGCUGCUAAAAGGAAGAAGUAUUUUUGCCGUUAGCCCAGAUGGCUUUGUGUGUGAUGAUUUUCCCAAACCCCAGAUCACGGUUCAGCCAGAAACCCAGUCGGCAAUAAAAGGUUCCAAUUUGAGUUUUAUCUGCUCGGCUGCCAGCAGCAGUGAUUCCCCGAUGACUUUUGCUUGGAAAAAAGACAAUGAGCUACUGGCUGAUGCUGAGAUGGAGAAUUAUGCACACCUCCGGGCCCAAGGGGGUGAGGUGAUGGAGUACACCACCAUCCUGCGGCUCCGCAACGUGGAAUUUUCCAGUGAAGGGAAAUACCAGUGUGUCAUCUCCAAUCACUUUGGUUCAUCCUACUCUGUCAAAGCCAAGCUUACAGUCAAUAUGCUUCCUUCGUUCACCAAGACCCCCAUGGACCUUACCAUCCGUGCUGGGGCCAUGGCGCGCCUGGAGUGUGCUGCCCUGGGGCAUCCAGCCCCGCAGAUCGCCUGGCAGAAGGAUGGGGGUACAGACUUCCCUGCUGCGAGGGAGAGACGCAUGCACGUCAUGCCUGAGGAUGACGUGUUCUUCAUCGUGGAUGUGAAGAUAGAGGACAUCGGGGUGUACAGCUGCACAGCUCAGAACAGCGCGGGAAGCAUUUCUGCAAAUGCAACCCUGACUGUCCUGGAAACACCAUCAUUUCUGCGGCCCCUCUUAGACCGAACUGUAACCAAGGGAGAAACGGCCGUCCUGCAGUGCAUCGCGGGAGGUAGCCCUCCUCCCAGACUGAACUGGACCAAGGAUGACAGCCCUUUGGUGGUCACUGAAAGGCACUUUUUCGCAGCAGGCAAUCAGCUGCUCAUCAUUGUGGACUCAGAUGUCAGCGACGCUGGGAAAUACACGUGUGAGAUGUCUAACACCCUGGGCACCGAGAGAGGCAACGUGCGCCUGAGUGUGAUCCCCACGCCCACCUGCGACUCCCCUCAGAUGACCGCAUCGUCGUUAGACGAUGACGGCUGGGCCACUGUGGGCGUCGUGAUCAUAGCGGUGGUUUGCUGUGUGGUGGGCACGUCGCUCGUCUGGGUGGUCAUCAUCUACCACACGAGGCGGAGGAACGAGGAUUGCAGCAUUACCAACACAGAUGAGACCAACCUGCCGGCAGAUAUCCCUAGUUACCUGUCCUCUCAGGGAACACUGGCUGACAGACAGGAUGGGUACGUCUCCUCGGAAAGUGGAAGCCACCACCAAUUCGUCACUUCUUCAGGAGGCGGAUUUUUCUUACCACAACACGACAGUAAUGGGACAUGCCACGUGGACAACAGCAGUGAAGCCGAUGUGGAGGUUGCCACAGACCCGUUCCUUUGUCCCUUCUUGGGAUCCUCAGGCCCUGUGUAUUUGAAGGGGAGUGUAUAUGGCUCAGAUCCUUUUGAAGCCUAUCAUGCAGGUUGUGGUCCUGACCCAAGAACAGCUUUCGUGGACCACUAUGAGCCCAGUUACAUAAAGAAAAAGGAGUGCUACCCAUGUCUUCAUCCUUCAGAGGAGUCCUGCGAACAGGGUGUGGGUGAUGCAGGAUGGCCUUCACACGUGAGGAGGUUCAUCAGCUCCACUUACUCUCAAGGUGAAGGACCCGGAGUGAGAAAUGUGUGUCUAAACAAGCCCUCUCUAGAUUUCAGUCCGAGUCUGGAGCCAGCAUCAGUAACUUCGAGUAAUUCUUUCAUGGGCACAUUUGGGAAGUCUCUGAGGAGAGCUCACCUGGAUGCCUUUGCAAGCUUCGGUCAGUCAUCAGAUUGUCAGCCAAGAGCCUUCCACUUGAAAGCUUGUUCUUCCCUGGACUUGGACUCUGAGUCAGAGAAAGAUGGGAAAGAAAGGACAGAUUUUCAGCAAGAAAAUCACACAUGUACCUAUAAACAGACCUUAGAAAACCACAGGACUCCAAAUUUUCAGUCUUAUGACUUGGACACAUAGACUGAAUGGGACCAAAGAGAGUUCUAACAUACUACCUCAAGUGGACUUUUAUUUAAAAGAGACAAUCCUAUGUUUUUAAAUGGAGUUACGAAUUUUAAAAGGAUAAAAUGUCUUAUUUAUACAGAUGGACCAAAAUAACAAAAAGUUAUAAAAAAUUUUAUACUGGGAGUAACUUUCAUAUAAGAAUACCUUUUUAAACUAUUUUAUAACUUUGUUUUAUGCAAAAAAAAAAUCUUAUGUAAAUUAAUGGUAUAGAUUCAUGACUAUUUUAUGUAUUUUUAUAAUGCCAGAUUUCUUUUUAUUGAAAACGAGUACUAAAGCAUUUUAAAUAAUACCUGUCUUGUACCUUUUUUGGAUAGAGGUCACUUCAUUUUAUUUUGCACAUUACAUUUAAUAAAAUGUGUCAUUUUGA